AUGUCGAAGCUCUUCACCCCUAUCAAGGUGGGCCGCGUCGAGCUCGCCCACCGCAUUGCCAUGGCCCCUAUGACCCGGUUCAGAGCCGACGAUAGCCAUGUGCCUCUGCCCGCCGUCAAGGAGUAUUACGCCCAGAGGACAGCUGUUCCUGGCUCUCUGGCAAUCACAGAGGCCACCUUCAUCUCUCAGAAAGCUGGUGGCUAUGCCAACGUGCCCGGAAUCUACAACCAGGAGCAGAUCGACGCCUGGAAGGCCGUUACCGACGCCGUCCACGAGCAAGGCUCAUUCAUCUAUCUCCAGUUGUGGGCGCUGGGUCGAACUGCCAACGCAAAGGUUCUCAGGGAGGAGAGCAACUCUGACCUCGUUUCCGCCAGCGACAUCCCCCAAAAAGAAGGUGGCGAUAAGCCGCGGCCUCUCACGGAGGACGAGAUCCUCGAGUACAUACAGGACUACGUCCAGGCAGCUAAGAACGCCAUUGCUGCCGGCUUCGAUGGCGUUGAGAUUCACUCUGCCAACGGCUACCUGCUCGAGCAGUUCAUCCAGCAGCUCUCCAACAGACGGACGGAUGCCUGGGGAGGGAGCAUUGAGAACCGUGCCCGCUUCCCACUCGAGGUGACCAAGGCUAUUGUUGCAGCCAUUGGAUCAGAUCGCACCGCAAUCCGCCUGAGUCCCUUUGGAGAAGCCCUGGACGGGGGUGUUAUUGAUUACGACGUGAUCCCCCAGUAUGUGUAUCUCGCAGAGCAGCUGAAGCCCCUCAACCUGGCAUACGUCCACUACGUUGAGUCGCGUUCAGAGGGCAAAGACUUGUCCCCCAUCAUCAAGGCCUACAAUAACGCCAGCCCCGUCAUUGUCGCCGGGGGCUACGAGCCUGAGACCAGCAAGAAGGCCGUUGACGAAAAGUACAAGGAUUACGAUGUUAUCAUUGGCAUCGGCCGCCCUUACACAUCCAACCCCGACCUGCCUUUCCGCUACAAGCAGGGAAUCCCUCUGACGCCAUUCCAGCGCGAGACCUUCUUCACGCCUAAAUUGGAGAAGGGCUUCCACGAUUUCCCGUUCAGCGAGCAAUUUACGCUGCUUAAAGCAAAGGCUUAG